AUGGGCACGGCCCAAGUCUUUCAGUACACCUACGUAAUCAACAACAAACCGGCCAGCUUCUCCGAGUUCAUGGACGGAGUGAGCAACACGGUGACGCACUCACUCAUAUUGAUCAAACUCAUUGUUCUGUGGGUCAAUCAAAGAACGUUUUGGGAUAUGUUGCGAAUGAUGUCGGCAGAUUGGCAGAAUCACGCGUCGAACCAUCAGACUCGGAACAUGAUGACGAAAGCGGCAUUUCUCUCACGCCGCAUGUCGAGGAUGAUCGUCGCCCUGAAUCUUUGCUCUGUGCUUCUCUACUCUUUUGGUAUUAUUGCCGCUAACGCGGGCGAUCCCGAGAAAUGGGAGCCGUACAAUCGGGAGCUCAUUCUUAAGAUGAAAUUCCCGUUCAAGAUUAGCACACAUACUAUUUACGUGGCUAUCACAGUGGUCCAAUUCAUCCAUUUGGUGUUCCUCGGCUUCAAUUUGAGCAUUCUCAACUCACUUCUCGCUACUCUGAUCCUUCACAUCGGUGGUCAGAUCGAAAUUCUUCAAGACUGGUUGAAGAGAGCAUUUUCCAGAAACGGGUCAGAACCGUCGGAUAAGAUCACGCCGCAACUGUUGAUCAUGAAGCAUCAGCAGAUUAUCACGUUCUCGGAGAACAUCGAGAAACUUUACACAUACAUCGCACUCAUGAUACUGCUGUCGGACACCAUGAUCAUUUGUUGCUUAGGAUUCGUCAUCGCCAUUUCGUUCAAUGAGCCCAACGCCGCGGCGAUUUUGGUAAAGUGCAUAUUAUUCUACAUCGCUAUGAACGUGGAUGUGUUCAUGUACUGCUACGCCGGCGAGUACCUGAGCGCUAAGAGCAAACUGAUCGGUAACGCGGCAUACAAUUCUCUCUGGUAUGACGUUGCUGCGAAGAACAGUCAGAUCGUGGUGUUCGUCAUUUUGAGGUCGCAGAAACUAAUGACGAUCACGUGCGGGAAGAUCAUGGAACUCUCUUUGGAACGCUUCACCAGCGUUGUGAAGGCAUCGGCGUCGUACAUGUCGGUGCUUUUGGCGAUGUACUGA